AAAGCUUUCCAGUACUACGAAAGCUCCGCUUAUCAGAAGCUUUGCGUCAGCUUACGCUUAGAUGGGAGCGAGAAAAUGUAGCUCUGCCAGAUGUUGUUAUCGGUCGAAGCUUUUUUCACACUGGUUGCAUCCACAUGCCCGUUGUCGACAUCGCUGGUGGUGGGCGGGAAGGCGUCUUUCGCUUCAGUUUAGACCAACAAGGUGCCGAAACGAGUCCCGCAAAGCUCAUCCUGAUCUAUCAGGGUCUGUAUCACGAUCACUCGUUGGACACGAUCAUGCAACUACAUCGCAAAAACCAAAUCCUAGCCGAUCCGACUACAAAACAAUUACUAGAGUCGUUUCCGACCCAACUGAUAGAUCCGAGUGCAGCCUCAACGGCCCUAGAAGGUGACAGCGACAACAGUGGAAUCGGAGACCGAGAGAACAAGCGUGAAG